ACACACACACAGCCGUAAGGCAACGGGCGAUGCUGGCGGCUGUUUCCCGAAGGCGAAGGGAGGGCCACUUCGCCGCCAGGAACUCGAGAGAGUUUGUACGCCGCCUCGGGAAGUGAGGGCAAGAAUGUGCUUCAGCCCCACCUUCGCCGCCGCCUCGCGCUCUCCCCGCCGCUUGCGCUCCUCACAAGCGAAGCUGACUGGAAGUGAAGGGACGCGGGUUGCUACUGCUGCUGCUGGUCGCGCUGUGCUUGCGCCGCGGGAGCGAGCUCUGCUGCUGCUGCUGCUGCUCCGGCUGCCGCACCUGGCCUGGGCCGCUGGGGGAUGUGCAGCAAACGCCGCCUCCUGAACUCCACUACUUCUCCCGCGCGCUCUACGGCUCCGGCAGGCUGCUGCCCUCUCUUUCUCUCUCUGCCUCCGUCGCCCAGGCGCUGCCCUGCCCGGUUGGCGGGGAAGACGCCAAGGAGACUUCUUGCUGGCGAAGGAUAAGCGCCAAGCGGUGCCAUAACCGGAGAUAGUAAGGAGGAGAAGCGAAUCCAGAAGAGGAGGCGGGGGGAACGGGCAGGCGAAGAGCAGGAGUGGAGCGGGCAUCUCCCGCCCUCCCUCCCCGCCCUCCGUCAGCAGGACUUUGGGCUGCUGGGCUGGAGCUGCCUUGCCAUCGCGGAGGAGAGCCCUGCGCCCUUAACAAGUCAGAACACAUUUAAGAAGAAAUGUCUUUUCAUCCCUUCUGCAUCUGGAGCCUUUUUACCAUAUCACUGAUCUCUGUUAUAAACUCUGAAGGCUUUUGAGCACUGAAGACUGGCAGACAUAAAUUCUUCUUUGAAUGUUCUUGGUCUAAAGUAGAUGUAUCCGAUCUUCUGGAUGAGUAUAAGGAUAAAAAGAAUACCUGUGCAGAGACACUCAGGCAACAUCACUGUAAAAUUGUUCAGAAAUCAGUGUGAUAUUUUGGAAACAGGCUGGUUGACCUAAUUCUGAGUUAUAGGAUGGAAAAGGAAGCUCACUAAGAGAGGAUACAGAAGAAGUCCUGAAGAUUGAUGGAGGGCCAUGCUAUUCAAACAGCAGGCGUUGCUGAGACAGAAGCUCCUUGUGCUAGGCAGCCUUGCUAUUGGAAGUCUCCUAUAUCUAGUUGCCAGAGUUGGGAGCUUGGAUAGACUGCAGCCCAUAUGCCCUAUCGAUGGUCGAUUUGGACUCCAUGGCCAAGAUGAAAUUCCACUCCGAGCUCUACAAUUUAAGCGUGGGUUGUUACAUGAGUUCCGGAAGGGCAAUGCUAGCAAGGAGCAAAUUCGACUUCACAGUUUGGUCCAACAGAUUCCCAAGGCCAUAAUAAUUGGGGUGAGGAAGGGUGGAACUCGGGCACUGCUGGAAAUGUUGAACCUCCACCCAGCAGUGGUCAAAGCUUCUCAAGAAAUCCACUUCUUUGAUAACGAUGAGAACUACGCCAAGGGCAUCGAGUGGUACAGGAAAAAAAUGCCAUUUUCUUAUCCUCAUCAGAUAACCAUUGAGAAAAGUCCAGCAUACUUUAUCACAGAGGAGGUACCUGAAAGGAUUUAUAAAAUGAACUCCUCCAUCAAAUUGCUGAUCAUUGUCAGGGAACCCACAACAAGAGCUAUUUCUGAUUACACUCAGGUGCUGGAGGGAAAAGAAAGGAAAAACAAAACCUACUACAAAUUUGAAAAGCUGGCCAUUGAUCCUAAUACCUGUGAGGUGAACACUAAAUACAAGGCAGUAAGAACGAGCAUCUACACCAAACAUUUGGAGAGGUGGUUAAAAUACUUUCCCAUAGAGCAGUUUCAUAUUGUCGAUGGCGAUCGUCUCAUUACAGAACCACUGCCAGAACUCCAGCUGGUAGAGAAGUUCUUAAAUCUUCCUCCAAGGAUAAGUCAAUAUAAUUUAUAUUUCAAUGCCACCAGAGGGUUUUAUUGCUUGCGGUUUAACAUUGUCUUUAACAAGUGCCUGGCGGGAAGCAAAGGACGCAUCCAUCCGGAGGUGGACUCCUCUGUCAUUACCAAAUUGCGCAAGUUCUUUCACCCUUUUAAUCAGAAAUUUUACCAGAUCACAGGGAGGACAUUUAACUGGCCCUAAAGUAAAUUUCAUACAACACUGUGUGUUGCACCUGGAGAUAUGCCACCGUGUCUCUAUUAGAGUAAAAAAUAUGCACUUUUCGUAUACACAGCUAUCAAAGUAACCCUUUUUCAUGCAUACUUGUAUAUAUGCAGUGUGUGACCAAAUAUAAGGUGGGAUCAAUUUUUCUACAGAGCAGUGAAUAACAUAAAAUUUACUCUCUGCGUAAUUGCAUCGUUUUAUGCUAUACAAUUAAAUGAGAAGGUGUCAUUUAAAGAAAUUAACUCAGCUACUCAGUUCAAAGGGUCAGUACUCUAUUUGCUCCGUAAAAUUUAAUACCAAACAUAUCUAGAGAGAAGGCAGAAUAUUAUGGUAGAAUUCAUUGCAAGAAUUGCAUUGAAAGGUCUAAGAUGGGCUAUUAUGGAUACAUAUUGCUAAAAGAAUAUUGACCCUUUAAAGGUGUAAAUCUAUGCUUCAGGCUUAUAUUGGUUUAACAGUCACUCUUUCAAAGUAACUAUACUUCUUUGACCAGGGGCAGGGGAUCUGUAAUACAGAAUUCUCACCUGACUACUAUUUCCAGGAUUUU